UACUUUAAAAAAAAGAAUAUUAAAUAUUAUUUAAAAAAUUGCAAUUAUUUUUAAGUGCAAAUUUAAAAAAGACUUCCCUGUAAUUGGAUAUUAAGGAUUACUUUUUUAUAGAUUUUAUGCAAAUUUAUUUUUAACCUUGUUAUUAGUGUUUAGAGUAAAUUAAAAAGAACACAACUGAAUAGCAGCAAUAGCAACAACAAUUAUUAUGCACCCAUUAAUUUAGCAUUUCACACCUUGUUUUUUUGUUUUGUUUUUGUAUAACAACAACACAUGCAUAUAGAAGCCAUAAAAUUAAUGAUGAUGUAUCCCGAUAAAUGUUUAGAAAAAGCAGCACUGAGUAAUCCAACGCCUCACCUACCGGUGACGGUUAAUGAAAUGCAUCAUCAUCAUGUUCAACAUCCAGCGCAUGCUUUACAAUUAGUGCAAACGGCUGAAACAAAUCAUCAUCCCCAUCAUACACAUUCACAUCAUCCAGCUCAUCAUCAUUUACAAAUACAUCCGCAUCAUUUGGCUACACAUGCAGCAAUAUUACCGCCUCAGCUUGGUAACAUGCAACAGCAUGGUCAACAUCAACAGCAGCAGCAAACACUUCAUCUGCAGCAGCAGCAACAACAGCAGCAUCAACACACCCCUGCCCAGCAACAUCAUCAACAAUUGCAAGCUCAACAACAACAGCAGCAGCAACAACAUCAUCAUCAACAACCACAACAGCAGCAGCCACCAACUUCACAUGUUACUGGUCAACAUCCGCAACAACAACAACAACAGCAAACACCACAAAGUCAACAGCCAUCACAAACCCAUAGUAACCAACAGCAGCAACAACAUUCUGCCAUGUUUACUCGGUUUGAUGCCAACAAAUCAACAAAAGGUGCCUCUAAACUGCGUAGAGAUUUAAUUAAUGCUGAAAUUGCCAAUUUACGAGAUCUUCUGCCUUUGCCACAAUCAACGCGACAGCGUUUAUCUCAACUGCAAUUGAUGGCUUUGGUGUGUGUGUAUGUGCGCAAAGCGAAUUAUUUUCAACAAGUGUUCAAACGGCAUGACAUUUCCAUACACCAAGCACCAACACCAAAUAUAGGAUUUUCAAAGGCUUUAUCUGGAUUUUUAAUGAUGCUUACACAGAAUGGUAAAUUGCUAUAUAUUUCUGAUAAUGCAGCUGAAUAUUUGGGACAUUCAAUGGAAGAUCUUUUAAUUCACGGUGAUUCGGUUUAUGACAUCAUAGACAAACAGGAUCAUUCUGCCAUACAAGCUGAACUGAAUCGUAAUGUACCGCCCCAGCCGGGACAACAUAUCAAUUCAGCAGCAGCAGCUGCAGCUGCCAUUUCAAAUCUCGAGGGUGAACAUCGCAUGUUUUUGUGUCGCAUGAAUGUUAGUCGUAAUGCACGCAGACAAAUGCGUUUUGGUGAUCAAAAAGUUGUACUGGUUCAGGGUCACUAUUUGUCAUUUUUGCCACUUUGCAGUCGCAACGAACCCGUAUUCUUGGCAACUUGUACACCAAUUGCCAUGCCAGAGACUCGAGAAUGUGUAGUGCAGGGAGCUACAAAUGUCUUUACAACGAUACAUUCAAUGGAUAUGAAAAUAGCACACAUUGACAAAAAUGGCGAAUUUCAUUUAGGUUAUACAAGAUGUGAUAUUCAGGGUUUAUCCUGGUAUAGUCUAAUACAUUCCGAUAAUUUACGAGAGGCUCAAAGUAAACAUAGACUUAUAACUCAGUCAGAACAAGAUCGUUCAUGUAUUUUAUUAGUUCGUAUGCAACGUAGACAAGGUGAUUUUAUAUGGGUCCAUGUUGUAUUACAAGUACGAGAUGCCCAAGAUACUAAUCAACAACCAGUCAUUGUUUGUACCAAUCAAGUAUUAAACGAACGUGAAGCUUCUGUUAUGAUACUCAAUUCAUGGCUUUAUCACUACUACACCGUACAGUCAAAAAUACAAUUCGGUCUGCCCUAUGAUGGUGGUACUCGUGUCCCUGCCACACCUCCCACAGCCGGUAAUCCCACAUCAGUAUACUAUCACCAUCAUAUUCAUCAUCAUACACCGACAUCGGCGUUUUCACCCACCUCGGUGGUGGGAUCACCCUAUACGGCACUACAUCAUCCAAAUAAUCAUCAUCAGUAUCAUCAUAUGCCGCCCUAUGGAACAUUUCACGCCUCAGAUACAGCAGUGCUGCAGAGAACGAAUGGUUCGGGAGGUGGGAGUGAGCUAAUGCUGGAAGCCAAUAGAGAAAAUUUAGCUAGUGAUAUAAAUAUGAGUCAUACAACGAAUGGUGGUAUAGAACCGGUGGAUUAUAGUCAAUUGGGUGGCAUAUCAAAUCAUUCUAUAUCGCCCUCUCGAUCACCCUUAUCGAAUAAAUCAAAUGCCGCCGCUGAAAUGCGUUGUGAAAGCACGAAUAGUUCAAUAUCCAGUCAUGCCUCGGCAGCUACUAGUUAUACCUUGUCAUGUGCCAGUCAUAGUAGAACAACAUCACCGCCGGCUAAACGUAGGGCGGUAGGUAAAUUAGAGCCCAUUUAUUUGCAGGAAAAUUCCUCUGACGGUCAACAUCAUGAUUUGCAAAAUGAAAUGGAUUCCGUAUAUCAAGUACACACCCAUCGAGCCGAUUCUCAUUCGUCGGUAAUAUUUGCCACUGUUGUACCUACCAGAAGUCGUUUGCUUAACAAACUCUUGCCACCCGAUCCGGCUGAUUUUAUGGAUCAAUGGAAUCCCAGUCCUCCCUGGUCGGAAAGUAAUCAGAAGUUAUCUUUGGAUAAUUCCUCUUCAUCACAACAGGAGUUAAGUCCUUGUAUAACGACCACACCACCCACUCCCACUAGUGCUCCACCCUCGGUAGGUCCCGCCUGUGGCACUGGCGUCCACACUUUAGGUUCAGCUUUCUCUUUUGAAUGGAUGCCUGAUCAGCUGGUACCAGUGGUGGACUCAUGUGUAACCUGUUUAAAUUCCGAAGGCUUGCCCGUAGUUGUUACACAUCCUCAUCCUCAUCAUCAUCAGCAUCAUCCCCAUCAACAUCAUGUGUCUCCUCAUCAUACGCCUCACGCCACUCAUCAUCAUCCUCAUUGCCCGCCUGCUUGGACAUCUCAUAUGAUUUCUACGGAUCAUUACAAUCAUUUGAUGGCGAGUCAACGUGAUCAACGUAUUCUAAGUCUACCCGAAACGUUACCUCACGAAAGGAGUGAAAGCUUGGAGGUUCAAACGAAAUGCGAAAGAAUUGAUGAUUUAACUACUUCAAAUGAUUCUGAAAAUCAUCAUGACGGUCACUGAAAAAAGUGCAGUCGAAAAAGUAAUUAUUAGAUAAUCUCGAUUACAAGCACCUAAUGAAAAUACCAACAUUCUUUUUCAAAAUGUGUCAACAAAAUCCAGUUUUCAAAAUUGAAAUCAGAAGAUAAAAUUGAAAAUUAUUCGGUAGAACAGGUUUUUAAUUGGCAAAUAUUUAAAUAAAAUUGUAAAAUUUAUAAAACACUUCCUUUAACAAAAAUGUCUGGUACAUUUAAAAAUUAAAUCAUUUUUAAUAUUAAAAAUAUAUAUGAAAAACAUUCGUUUUAACGAAUGUUUACUGUAAGAAAAUAUAAACUAAAAAUUGUAAAACAAAUUCCAAAUUAAAAAAAAAACACAAACACAAAGAAACAGAAUGAAAACUAAAAAAAAGAAUUGUAAUUUAUUUUUAUUUUAUGGCAUUCUAGCACAUAAAUUAGCUUUUAAAUGGAAAAAAUAGUGCAAUUUGUUUUUUAUAAACUAAAAUUAAAUGAAUGAAUACCAUAAACUAUGAAUAUUCAUUUCAGAUAAGAAGUACAAUAACUUAAGUUUAACUCAAACAAAUUAACAAAAACAAAAUCACAUAAACAUAAAAAAUUUAGUGUUGCAAAAAAUAGCAAACAUUUAGUUUAAAUAAUAAUCAACAAAAAAUAUUUGAAAAUUUAAGAAUUUAUUAAACAAUUUUUCUAUUAAAGAAAAUCACUAAUAAAUAGUAAGACGGCAAUAACCAACAUAUCUGGCAUGUGUUAUUUUAUAAAAUUU